GUAUAAUUAUAAUGUAAUUAUAAUAUCUUAUUAUUAUUGUUAUUAUUAUUAUUGUUAAGUGUCCUACUCUGAUCAUACUAUUUGGCUUAUAUCAGCAGGGCAAGGGGGACACAAUAGAAAUCUUCAAGGAGCAGACACAGAGCUAAGGAGUUGGCAUAAAGGUUAGAGUUAGGGUCAGCCCCACCAAGUCUGUCUGUAGUAUACAUCUGAAAUGUCAUCAUAGGUCCUGUAAAACAGCUUCAUAUUUAUGAUUUCAAUUGAGUGGUGUGAUUCAGCUUCAGAAGAAUUCAGACUUAGAGCAGUUAUACUUUUUGAAAGGGAGAGAAACUUCGGAGUUGCUUAGGAUUUAUUAUAGAGCUGACUCUGUCUGUUAGUUGAGUGGGUGUACAGAAAUAGUUUUCAAAAGAUGAAUAGAAGUGUGAAUCACUAGGAAUGGAGCUGCUGCAGCCUCUACUAAACUGGACUGAUAAGGGAGGCAAUGCACAGAAAAAAAAUGGACAAUUCACAUUUGAUAUUUUUGUAUAAAUUUUGUCAUUCAAACAUAAGUUUUAUACAUCUUUGAUUUAUAAUGAUAAAAAUUAUUUAAUGCUUUAAAUCCUGGCUCAGCAUGAAGUACUCUUAGCUAUGAAAAGCUGUAGAGUGUUAGAAAGCAGGAAUCUCACAUACAGAUUAUUUUGUGGAUUUCUUCUGUCUGAGGAUAUGAGUCUUAUUGCCAUUGGGCCUUUAAUGGAAAAUGUUUGCUUUGUCACCUGCAAAGAUUUGAUGGACUCAGAAAACAAUUACUAUAUAUGAAGAAUAUCUGUGAAGGGCAUGUUUAGCCAAAAGAAAAAAAAAAAAAGACAGUGUUUGUGAUGCUUAACUAUGGUAUGAAUCUUUGAUCAGUAAAAACCUCCUAGCCAUUUGUAAAGCUCUGUGAUUCUCUAUGAAAGACUGGCUUGUAUACCAGGAGGGAUGGCCCACCCUGUAUGUGGUUUACAAUUACCAAUAGGCUUGUACCCAAGAUGGAAUAAAAAGGAAAAAAUAAGUCUUAUUUUUCUGUGGAUGAGCUCUGGUAAUUGCCAUUGCCUUUGGAUGCUGGUCUUAAGUUUCUUCAGGCUCCUACCAUUGUCUUCACCCUUCCAAUGGAGAGUCUUCAGCAGAAAAAGAGGCUGAGAGGAACAGGCCAUGCACCUGAUGUAAUCUCAUGGGUCAUGCUUCCUUGACACUUUCAGACAUGUCUUUACUAACAACCUAGGUAUCUCUCCAGCAAACCAAUGUGACAAUGAAGUCUAAACAUGAGUUAAUGUCAGGUGAGAAUAUUUCUUUAGUGAAAUUAAUAUGCCAAAGGAGAGAUACUUUCAUCCUGUGAGGAGGGAAGAGCAUACUUUGAAAAAUUAUUGCAUUAAGUUUUUACCUUUCUCUGCCUCAUCAUAGGGAAGUGAUUGAGGGUGGGGCUACAUUGCAGCUAUCAUUCUGGCCUACCUGCCAUGAUUGGUGUUUAGAAUUCUGGAUUUCCCUAUGACUUUAGUUCAAGUAACUUGCCAGUCUGUGGCACUUGAAAAUUUUAAUUCCAUCUUGAUUCCUUUGUGUAAUACUACUAACAUAUUAUGCCAAUUUGUUCAUUCAGUAAAUAAUUAUAUUGCCUGUUGGCAUUGCUUUUGUUUUUCUUUACUGAAGAUGAUUAGAUUAAAAGACUGUGUGAGAAAGUCUGUGCCAUGAAGCUGAAUGUCUCAUGCAAUUUUCUGCCCUCUGACUACCUUAGUACUUCUAUUGCAUUGUGUUCAACAUUUGCCUGGGCAGAGAUUCUUCUUUGGGUUUGGUGUUUUUCUCUAAAUGUCAUUGAAUGUGGAAGUAUAGUCACAGAGUUGUGAUGCCAACAUCUAGGACAAGAAAUAGAAAGAGCCACCAGAGUACAGUAAGUAGAUAGAUGUUAGCAGCUCUGCAAAGCUAAGACCAAAUCCUAAUUCAAGUCACUGAUCCAACAGGUUGGUAAACUCAAUGAUCUAGGCAGAAGCCUUGGUGGGCAAAUGUUUUGUUUGGUCUAUCAUUUGGACUGCAUUAAGCAGAUAGUGUAUUAUCUUUUUCUUCCCUUUGGCUCAGUCAGCAGAACAUGGAGCAGCCUUGUAUCAGUGAAGAACAGUUUGGGUUGUAUGAGCUGUCAAGAGAGACUGGUUGGCCAGAGAAUAGAAUUCUCCUUUGUCAGGCACAUAAGUCAGAAGCUCCCAGUGUGUUGCUGAGAGACUCCCAAGCUGGGUCAGCCUGUUUUGGUCUGUGGGUUCUAUGGACUGGUUGCAUGGGAAGGACUUGGGAGACCUCAUUCCCCAAGAAGGAGACUGUGACCUUUGAGGAUGUAGCUGUGAACUUUACCGAGGCAGAAUGGGCUUCGCUGAAUCCACCCCAAAAGAAGCUCUACAUAGAUGUGAUGUGGGAAACAUGUAUGCAUAUGACUGCUAUACAAAAAACAUGUGGUAACCAGCGAGUGGAGGAACAGUACAAAAAUUGUUCAAGAAAUCUAAGAAAUGAUGCAGACAAGUGUUUGAGAUUGGAAGAGACGCUGUAUAAAUGUAGUGAACAUGGAAAAACCUGGAGUGAUUUCCAGUCCUUUCAGAAACAUGAAAUGAGAAAGACUGGAGAGAAACAAUGUCAGUCUGAGCAAUGUGGGAAAGCUUACUCUGAUCUUAGUGAACAAACUCAUCCUGGGGAGAAAACAUUUGUAGGUAAGAAAAAUGUGAGUGCCUCCAGCACACCCAGUUAUGUUCCAAUCCAGGAAAGAAAUCAUGGUGUGGGGAGUCCAUAUGGGUACAAACAGUGUGAGAAACCUUUUAUGUCUUCAUAUUAUAUUCAACCAAAUGAAAGAAUACAUGCUGGAGAGAAGCCCUAUGUAACUACAGAAUGUGUGAAAGCAUUAUCUCAUUGUCAUUCCUUUCACAAACAUAAAAUAAUUUACACUGGGAAGAACCCUUAUGGAUGUAAGCAAUGUAGAAAACCAUUCACUACACGGACUUGUUAUAACAUACCUGAAGAAAAUCACACUAGAGAUAAACCUUACGUAUGUGAACAAUGUGGUAAAACUUUCAGCACAUGCACGCGGUGUCAUAGUCAUGACAGCACUCACACCAGAGAGAAACCCUGUGUAUGUAAGCCAUGUGGAAAAGGAUUUGCUGAGAAGUCCUCAUUUGAAAGAAAUAGAGAAUCUCACACUGGGGAGAAACCAUAUAUAUGUGAGGAAUGUGGGAAAGCAUUCAGCACACGCAGUCACUAUCAAAGUCAUGAAAGAACUCACAGUGGGGAGAAACCAUAUGUAUGUAAGCACUGUGGGAAAUCUUUCCCACGAAAGAGUGGGUGUCAAAUACAUGAAAGAAUUCACACUGGAGAGAAACCCUAUGUUUGUAAACAUUGUGGGAAAUCAUUCAGGACAUAUGGUCACUGUCAAAAUCAUGAAAGAACUCACACUGGGGAGAAACCGUAUGUAUGCAGGCAUUGUGGGAAAUCUUUCACCCGAAAGAGUGAUUGUCAGAUACAUGAAAGAAAUCAUACUGGGGAGAAACCCUAUGUUUGUAAGCAUUGUGGAAAGUCUUUCACCCAAAAGAGAAACUGUCAAAUACAUGAAAGAAUUCACACUGGGGAGAAACCCUAUGUAUGUAAGCAUUGUGGGAAAUCUUUCAAACAGAAUUAUGAUUGUCACAUACAUGAAAGAACUCACACUGGGGAGAAACCAUAUAUAUGUAACCAUUGUGGGAAAUCUUUCAACCAAAGGAAAGAUUGUCAAAUACAUGAACGAAUUCACACUGGGGAGAAACCCUAUGUAUGUAAGUAUUGUGGGAAAUCUUUCAACCUAAAUAGAAAUUGUCAAAUACAUGAA